CAUGAUUGUUUGGCCUCUUUACACGUGAAUCGUUUCUCACGGCCUAAUCCACGGCUCAGACGCUCAACGGGAAACUGUCCAUUCACAUCUCGUCCAGCCAUCUCAGAUCCUGUGCUCGCUUUCCACUAGGCCGGUCUCUUCCGAUCACUCUCUCCACAUAGGUCUUUGUGCGGUGUUCCUGACUGGCGGAGUACCGUCGCAUCCUGUCGGUUCGGAUAUUCGCCGACAGGACGAGAGAGGAGGGAGAGAGCCUAGAGGUGGGACGAUAUCCCCAGAGCUCAGGGUAACACCGUCUAUUCAGCGGAGUCUAGCGGCCGCUGACCGGUCGGACCCCUCUUCUUAGUUCAUCGUCUCCGCGACCGUGUGUCUGCUUAUCUCCCUUGCCCGUUGUUGUCCGUCCCAUCUAGCCGUCGGCGAAGCCUCCGGUUCGCGGUGGUUGGAAAGGCAGACGGGGGGGCCAGACGCGUCGUUUUUGGUCGGCCAAGAUCGGCAGAGAUAAGCAUCUUGAAUUGUUUUUUUUUCUCACCCCUUUCUCUCCGUUUGCUCCCGUUCGCCGCGGAGAGUCGCACCAGCCCCUCCCCGCCGUGGGGUCUGCGUAGAAUGGCAGCCCUCUUCAAAAGGGCGACCACCCGGUGGCGGUCCCGGGACGCGACUCUCUGCGAGCCCGUAACGAACCCGGGCUCUCUCGCAGACCAUCACGACGACCACGGUGAAGGGCAGAGCUUGAUCGCCAACAUGGAAUCAUCAUCCGACGCCCAGCAGCACCCUCCCGCUGAGGCGCGGGAUGGGGAGCGACAGCACAUUGAUAGCGGCAUGGCCAAGAAGAUUGUCCGCAAGAUCGACCGCAACAUCAUCCCGCUGCUCUUCAUCACGUACAUGUUCAACUUCAUGGACAAGACCAUCCUGUCGAGCGCGUCCGUGUUUGGUCUGAGGAACGACACCAACCUCAAGGGCCAGAACUACAGCUGGGUGUCGAGCAUCUUCUACUUUGGCUACUUCGCCUGGACGUACCCAACCUCCAUCCUCAUCGCGCGGCUGCCCGUCGCCAAGUACAUGACGGCCAACACCUUCUUUUGGGGCGCCGUCGUCGCCCUCACGGCCGCCUGCCGCAACUAUGGCGGCCUGCUCACCGUACGCUUCCUUCUCGGCAUCGCCGAGGCCACCAUCACGCCGGCCUUCAUGUUCCUCACCUCGACCUGGUACACCCGCGACGAGAUCCCGACCCGCACCGGCAUCUGGUUCGCCGGGAACAGCGUCGGCGGCCUCGUCGCCUCCUUCGUCGCCUUCGGCUUCGGCCACAUCUCCAACGACGACAAGGUCGGCCCCUGGCGCUGGAUGUACAUCGUCCUCGGCGUCCUGACCUUCGUCUGGGCCUUUGUUCUCUGGAUCUGGCUGCCCGACACCAUCUCCAAGGCGCGCUUCCUCACGGCCGACGAGCGCCGCUACGCCGCCGACCGCGUCGUCGUCGCCGGCACCGGCUCGACGGAGAAGACGGCCUGGAAGUGGGACCAGGUCAAGGAGUGCUUCGUCGACCCCAAGACCUGGUUCAUCUUCGGCCUCGAGAUCAUCACGCAGAUUCCCAACGGCGGCACCCAGAACUUCGCCAAUCUCGUCAUCAAGUCGUUCGGCUUUACGAGCCUGCAGUCGACCCUCAUCAACAUCCCCUACUCGCUUCUCUCGGCCGGCAUCAUCGCCGGUACCGGCUGGCUCGCGGGUCGCUACCGCAAGAUGAACUGCAUCCUCAUCGCCAUCAUCGUGCUGCCGUGCAUCACCGGCGCCGCCAUCAUCUACUCCCGCGACAGCGUCAGCAGCGGCGUUCAGCUGUUCGCCUACUUCCUCCUGUCCCCCGGCCCGGCCGCCAUGCCGCUCGCCAUGUCGCUCGUCCAGGCCAACUACCGCGGCGUCACCAAGAAGAUGACCAUGUCGGCGUUGCUGUUCCUGGCCUACUGCGCCGGCAACAUUGCCGGCCCCCAGUUCUUCAAGGCCGCCGAGGAGCCCCACUACAACACGGCCUUCCGCACCAUCAUGAUCUGCUACGCGCUCGUCGUGGUCCUGGCGCUCGGCCUGAGGUUCUACCUGCAGUGGAUGAACGCCAAGCGCACCAAGGAGGAGGGGUACGAGGGCAGCGCCGGAGGUGCGGGUGCUGUCGGUGGUGGCAAGGUGAUGCAGGCGGACGGAAACGCCAAUGAUGUUGCGGAUAUGGUUGACCGGGUCGAGCUGCGGCCCGAAGACUAUGAGGAUGUGACCGAUUGGAAGACUGCCGGCUUCAGGUAUCGCCUUUGAAAGAAAGACUUUGCGUGGGCGGGUGGUGUUGUAUUUAGAGACGAAGCCGAGGUGAGAUGUGUAAAAUUUGCUAGACUUCGAGAUCGGUCGUUAAAGAGUAAAUAAGAGAGAAUGUUGUCGCUGGAAGCGACGGAAU